CGAUCAGCCAAUGGCUGCUUUCGUGGACCGGAGCAAUGCAUCAUGGGAAUGUAAACAGAACCGGUAGCUAGCAGCGUUAGCUUCCCUGCAGAGGAGGACGGAGUUUGGCGUGAAUAUCGGAGCGGCAGCAGUGAAAAUGUCUUCGGUUCAGUCUCUCCGAGAGUUUAUCGGUGAGCGGUUAACUGCUGCCGCGGAGGAAAUCUUCAUUCAUGUGGAGAAAACCAUCUUUAAGCUGGAGGAGGAACUCCUCCGUCAGCGCAGACUGAUGGAUGUGGGCAUGAAAGCUCAUCUACAGCUGAGAAACACAGUUCUCCCUCAGAGUGAUCUGAAAAACCAGGAGGAAGCUCCACAGGUUAAGGAGCAACAGGAGGAGGUCUGCAUCAGCCAGGAUGAAGAUCAAUCUGAUCUGAAGCAGGAGGAGGAUAUCUUGAUGGUGACUCUUUGUGAGGAAAAUGAGCUCAGAGAAGACCAUCUCAACAGUCAGCAGCUCCAAACUCAAAGCUUUAAUGACGGUCAGGAUGAAGAAGCAGCAUCAACAUCAACUGCAGAUGAGAUCAGGAGCGACAGAAGUACCGAGGUCUGUCAAAAAAGCCAAACCGUGCGGAGAUAUGCCUGUAAGGUGUGCAGGAAGAGCUACACGGCGGCUCACAGUUUGAAGUGUCACAUGAGAGUCCACACUGGAGAACGGCCUUAUUCCUGCAAAGAGUGCUGUAAAAGUUUCAGUCAAAGCUCUCAUCUCACCACCCACAUGAUCACCCACACGGGAGCAAAGAUGUUCUCCUGCAGGCUCUGCGGGAAGAAGUUUAGCCAGAGUCAUCACCUGGGGUCUCACAUGAGGACGCACAGCGGCGAGAAGCCCUUCUCCUGCGAGGAAUGUGGGCAAACAUUCAGCCAGAGGUCGCACCUGACGGGUCACAUGACCACCCACACGGGGGAGAAGCUGUUCUCCUGCCAGUUCUGCGGGAAAGGCUUCAGCCGAAGCUCUCACCUGACGAGUCACGUGAUGGUUCACACGGGGUCGCGGCCGUUCUCCUGCACGGAGUGUGAGAGGAGCUUCAGGCAGAGUUCCAACCUCACACGCCACAUGAAGACCCACAGAGGAGGAGGGGCUCUGCCAGACAGUUAGCUCCCAGCGGGACUGGAAUAGACGAGAACUACGGUGUUUCCGUUCAGCGUCUCUGUAAAUCAAGACAGCUUUCUAUCUUUUUUGGUUCUGCUUCUUUUAGAAAACAACAACAAAAGCUACUACAAAAAAAAAAAAAAAAACGACACUCGAGGAGCGUAUUUUUAAAAUCUGCAUGCUUUAUUUUUGAUCCAGACAGAAACAGGAAGUCCGUCAGUCGUGAAGCUGUUCCUUCAUUUGUUGCAGUUAUAAUGAAGCAGUGAUGCCCCCUUUAGGCGUGUCCAGGUGGUGCAUGUUGGUGUUUGAACUAUGAGCUAUAAAAGCUGGAGUUGCUAUGUUAGCUUGUUGUGUACGCGAAGUUGGACGCCAUAUUGGAAAGGGCUAUGUUUCUGUUUCCUGCUGUGCUACAGUUGCACAAACAGAUCUUGAAAAACAAGAAUGUGACUGUUCACAAGUACAUUGUUGCUGUCAGCUAAUAAAGGAAAACUUCUGGAAAACA